UCUUCCUGCGGGCAGACGGCGGUCAGGGCCCGCUGCGGGCUGCCCUUCCCGGACUGCACAUUCUUCACCAGGAAAGAAAUCCUGAGGCUGUUUUACAGGUACAGAGACCUGGCCCCACAGCUCGUUCCACUCGACUACACCCACGGACCAGAGGUGACACUUCCCUAUCAACUCAUUGGCAGCAUGCCAGAGCUGAAGGACAAUCCCUUCCGGCAGCGCAUCGCAGAGGUCUUCUCGGCGCACGGAGAUGGCAACAUGACCUUAGAUGACUUUCUGGACAUGUUCUCAGUGCUGAGUGAAAUGGCUCCCAGAGACCUGAAAGCUUAUUAUGCUUUCAAAAUUUAUGCAGACUUUAACAACGAUGACUACAUCUGCAAAGCAGACCUGGAGAAGACUGUGAACAAAUUAACCAGGAAUGAACUUACCCCAGAAGAAGUCAACCUUGUCUGUGAGAAGGUGAUUUAUGAAGCUGAUGCAGACAAUGAUGGCAAACUGUCCCUGGAGGACUUUCAGCACAUGAUAGUGAGAGCUCCAGAUUUCCUCAGCACAUUUCACAUCCGAAUCUGAUCCCAGCUGAAGCACCUGGAGGGAAGCACUUGGGGAACCUUCAGCAACUUUCACUUCACCUCACAUGACCCUUCAAGAGAGCAGUCGAUGAGAGGAGCAAAGAGGACCAAGAGGUCUUGUAAUGAGAGGACAAGGGGGUGAUGGUUUUAGACUGGCAGAGGGGAGACUGAAACUGGUUGUUGGGAAAGGGUUGGGAAGGGUGGGGAGACACUGGCAGAGGUUGCCCAGGGAGGUUGUGGAGCACAGAAGCACAGAAUGGGAUCAAAGAUCACAUUCAGCUUCAAACCAUUCCCCCCUUGGCCUGUCUCUAGCCACCCUCAUGAAAAGUCUCUCUGCAGCCUCCCUGUAGGAUCCCUUUGGGUACUGGCAGGCAGCUCUGAGGUUCCCCUGGAGCCUUCUCCCCUCCAGGCUGCACCCCCUCAGCUCCCUCACCCUGUCCAGUAAAUCAGUUUGCUGAAGCAUUCUCCCAGCCUGUCCCAGAAUCCAUCACAGGUCCUGAGAAGAGCACAGAGCAGAGCUCUGUUUCAGGACUGAUCACAAGAAGUCAACACAUUUCAAGGACAGAAGAACCCACCUCAGGUUCUUGCCUAUUUUCAGACCACACACC